CUUACGCGUCCCAUGGAGCCAUCCUUCAGAAUAGUCCCAGCUGGCGGGCCCAAAUCGGCAUCAGUCCAGAGCACCGCAAAUAGCCUUGGCUUGCACGACACUCUUCAAUAUGGACCACGAACUCUGGCAGCAGAACUAAAGACGGAAAGCGGUCUCAAAGAGCGUUUAGAAAAUUGGGAGGAGACUCAAGACAACAUGAAGCUUACUCUUCAAAGGAAUAUGCACGGAAUGCACGCUCCCUUACGACUUUUGAUGGAACGCAAGAUCGUCUCUGCGAACCCACACAUGCCAGUCUUCCCUCAAAGCAAUCUUCAUCUCGACAUACUCAUGGGUCGUGAUGAGACAAUCGAGCCUGUCGAUAUCUUCGGAGGCAUGGAGACAACAGCGCCUCAGAACAUUCAUAGUGAGAUGGAGAAGAAACUCAAGAUGUAA